AUGCUCACGGCGCUUCUUCGCACUAGUCCUCGCUCUCGACCACUGAAUACCUCAUUCACUCGCCCCUUUGCCCGCUCGUUCCUCAGCACUCGGUACAAUAUGGCCCCUCAACGCGUCGAGAUCAACAUUGAGCCUCUGGCCGAUGGCACCAUGUCAGUUGCUCUUGCCGGCGCUCCCCACUCGUCUGCUCGAGGCGAGACGAGCAAGCUGGCGGUUGAACGUUGAUCAGGAGGCACACCACGUUCCUCACGCUCUCUCAUCUGGAGCUGACCAAGUCCUUGCAUACCCACUCCAAACAGGAAGGAAGUCCCCUUCCCCAAGACUGAUUCCGAAUCCAAGAUCCUCAUCUCCAAGGUGUGUAGCACGACGCUUCGAUGGCUUCGAUCGUAGCAGGCUCCGCGCCCGUGGCCGGCUCCUCGCACGAGAGCGACGAUGACGCCGCGCUGGGGCGUGGCUCCAACGCGCUCGAUCGCCUCGAUUUGCUCGAUCGCUGAUUGGCUCGCUCUUCCUGGGCUGAAUGUCCCGUCUUUGCCCAUGCCCCGAUCUCUGGCAACCACAAUGUAUACGGAAAUACGAGCAUAUUAGGUUCAAGGUUGCUACUACGCUACCUCGGCCAAGUGCACACAUUAUGGUGCACCCCUUGCCAAGGGUGUUCUCACCUCCGAUGGCCGUGUGAGUACCCUUCCGGACACGGGCAGCUCCUCCCCUCCGAACUUGACUGACCAUCACCUGUCCCCUCAUUCCCUCGGGCCUGCAGAUCAUCUGCCCUUGGCACGGAGCGGCCAUGUCGUGCAAGACGGGAGACAUCGAGGACGCUCCCGGACUCGACAACCUCGCAACGUUUAAAAUCGAGUCCGAAGGGGACAAGCUUUUCGUCACCCCUCCCGAGAACGGCGACGUGACUGCGACGCGUCAACCCCGCUCGAACUCAGGUUCCAAGAGCCAGACGGGAGUUGUAAUUGUUGGUGGGGGGGCUGGUGCGGCUCAUGCGGUCGAGGCUUUGAGGCAGGAAGGUUACAAGGGCAGCAUCAAGGUCAUUUCAAAGGAGCCUUACCUCCCGAUCGACCGGUUAGUCCCCCAGCGACGUCUGUCACAACUUGCUUGAAUACGGGAGAUACCCAUACCGAUUCGUUACGCUUCGCAGUACCAAGCUCAGCAAAGCGCUCCUCGCCGACCCAAGCAAGGUCGCAUUGCGAUCGCAGGACUUCUAUGACAAGCUCGGCGUCGAGUUCCAAUUGAACACCGUAUGUCGCAUUGCUACCUCAUCGAGCAGCCUCUCAAUACUGUGCUGACGAGUUUUUCCGGCUUCGCGAUGUACAGGAGGUCGAAUCGAUUGACUUUGACAAGUCUUCCGUCAAGGUCGCCGGUGGGAAUUCCGUUUUGUACGAGAAGCUCAUCCUCGCCACGGGCUCGAACCCAAACCGCAUCCCCGUCGAUGGCUCCAAGCUCGGCAACAUUUUCGUCCUGCGCACGAUCGAGGACACGAAGCAGAUCAAUGACGCUCUCGGCGGAGAGGAUGGUCCCAAGAAGAACGUCGUAGUGAUCGGCUCUUCCUUCAUCGGCAUGGAAGCUGCGCUCGCCGCCGCUGGCAAGGCCAACGUCACCGUCGUCGGGAUGGAGAACGCGCCCUUCGAGGCGAUUCUCGGCAAGGCGAUCGGGAAUGGGAUCCGCAAGUUCCACGAGUCCAAGGGCACCAAGUUCUACCUCCCUGGUGCGCUGUCGCACUUUUCGGUCAGCUCGUCCGACUCGAGCAAGGUUGGGUCGGUCGAGCUCAAAGAUGGGACGUCGAUCCCCGCCGACUUGGUCGUUCUCGGUGUGGGAGUCAAGCCCGCAACCGCGUUCCUCAAAGCCAGCGGCGUCGAGCUCGAAAAGGAUGGCAGCGUCGUAGUCGACGAGUACUUGAAGCUGCAGGGCAAGGAGAACGUCUUUGCUGUCGGUGAUAUCGCAACUUACAAGGACGUCAAGACCGGCAAGAACACGCGCGUCGAACACUGGAACGUGGCUUCGAACCACGCCCGCAACGUUGCCGCCACGAUCGCUGGCAAGAGUCCGACGCCAUUUGAGAAAAUUUCGGUCUUCUGGUCCGCUCAGGGGCAACAGCUUCGUUACGCCGGGACUUCGCGAGCCAAGACGUGGGAGGAUGUCAUCGUGCAGGGGUCACCCGCGGACCUCAAGUUCGUCGCUUACUACACCGCCGGCGAGGACGUCGUUGCCGUCGCGUCGAUGCAGAACGACCCGAUCGCUGCUCACUGCUCCGAGUUGAUGAGGUUGGAUAAGAUGCUGAGCGUCAAGGAGAUCAAGAAUGGCAAGUCGCCGCUGGAUGUGAAGCUGGUGGCAUGA